AUGACCUCUGUGAAAGUCAUUGUCGUCCCCGGUGCCACCGGAAACCAGGGCGGCUCCGUCGUCGAGACCUUCCUCAAAGAACCUGGAUGGCACGUACGUGGAAUCACGCGUAACCCUUCGAGUGUCAAAGCCCAGGCCUUGUCUGCCCGACGGGUGGAAAUAGUCCAGGCUGACAUGGACGAACCGAAGACUCUCGAGCUUGCCUUCAAAAGUGCCACAGCAAUAUUCGCCGUCAGCGACUUUUGGGGUUUGUAUGGCGAUCCUGCGAACAAGGAUAAGCCAAAACCAGGAACUCCUCUCAAUGUUUGGGCCGCGGGGCAUGAAGAGCAGCAGCUGAAGAAUGUCAUUGAUACAGCUGCCAAAGUGCCGACAUUGGAGCGCUUCAUUGUAUCCUCCCUGUCGAACGCGACAAAAUGUUCCAAGGGGAAAUACUCUCACGUCUACCAUUUUGAUUCAAAGGCCCGGGCCGUCGAUUACGGGCGAGGAAAGUACCCGGAUUUGUGGAAGAGAACCAGCAUCUUCCAAGCUGGGUUUUUCCUCAGCAACUACGUCAGAAAUCCCUUCACUCAACCUCAAAGGAAUCCAGAAGGCGUGGUCCAAUUCAUCGGUCAACUAGACCCAGAUGUCAAGAUGCCCAUGAUCGCCCCAGAGGAGGACACGGGCCCGGUUGUGAAGGCUCUUGUAAAAGAAGCCGCGGGCAAGAACGUCAUUGCAUACAGGGAAUGGAUAAGCGUGCGAGAAUUGGCCCAGACCUUCACCGAGAUGACUGGCUUGAAUUCAGAGGUUAUUAUGCUCUCAAAAACUGAGGCAAAUCUACUCUUGCCACCGGAGUUGAAAUUGGAGCUCGACGACAAUUUUGCGUAUUUCAACGAGUUCGGAUAUGAGGGCAGGGACGAUCCCACAGUUAUUCACCCAUCAGACCUGAGCUCGCCCCCAGAUUUGGACAGUGUCGCCAACUACCUCAAAAAGCAAGAUUGGUCGAAGGUCCUGACUGCAUGA